AUAUGACAUACAUCUUUCCGUCUGCCGGCACAGUACAAUACAUACCUCUCGGUACAGCCCUCUCCUGCCGCCCUCGGCGAAGUUAAGCCUUCUCGGCCUUCUCUUCAGAAGCUUCUGCUUUAAUGCCAUCAUGGAGAAAUACAGCCCAACGGAGCCCUUGCACCAGCGUCUGCUGAACCAAGACGCUUCUGAUGACGGCGAGAGCAGCAGCAACAGCAACUUUGGCUUCGCCAUGCCUCGACCUACGUCUGUGCGGAGCAGGCUGAGGGAAAACAUGACCGGAUUUGUUUCCUGUCUGUUGCUCUGUUAUAUUGCCGUCAUCUCAACCGUCAACCUCGCAGCCAAAAGCAGCAGCGGUAACCGCUCACACCACGGAGGGCAGGAGUCCCUCGAUAGCAUGUAUCCAGCGCUCCCCGACCUGCACAUCGAGUAUCAAAAGCGGCUCGAGUGGGUCGAUCCCCGACCUCACCCCUUCAACCUGCCCGCGUCGGACGCGCUCGACACGGCCUGGGAGGACCUCCUCUACAGCCUCAACGUCCGCGUCCGCCCCCACGAGAUGGACCUCAUCAACGAGACCAUGGCCAACCGCGCCCGCGUCACGGGCGACGGGUACGCCGCCGCCAUGGGCAUCUGGCACGAGCUGCACUGCCUCAACAACCUGCGCAAGCUGCUGCACUGGGACUAUUACGGGCCCAAGUACGGCGGCAAGGAGAAUCCCGAGGCGUUUGGGAAGGGGCAUUCGGACCACUGCAUCGACAUGAUCCGCCAGUCGCUCAUGUGCAGGCCCGACACCUCGCUCUACCCCUUCCACUGGGGCCCGGACGGCAUCCCCAGCAACCACGUCAAGGCCAAGACCCCCAAGACCUGCGUCAGGUGGGACAGCCUGGAGAACUGGGCGCAAAAGAGGGCCCUGAGGCCCGGCGAGUACUCUUACGUCCGAGACCACUCUGCACAUCAGCAUGCAAAGAUGCAGGGGGAGAAGAAGCCAGCGUCCUCGUCAGGGGGUGGAGGGGCAGUGACAGGAAGAUGAGGACAUGUAUGAUAUAUUCUAUCGUCUUUGGUUUCAGCUCGCGGUGGGCUUGAAAUGAUGGGACUAACCAUCUGAGUUUGGCUUUGGUGCCUUGUUAUGGCAGCGUAUUCUCAGGAAUCAGGAUUUGGCAAGUUGCUGCUAUACAGGUUGUCCCUUGACAAACUCAAGUUUUUUUUCCCUCCUGCUCGCUUGUCCAGAUGUCAUGAGGUGACAAGGAGCCAAUGCAGUAGAUGUAUGCGUAAACAGAACACAGCCCGGGAAACAUGAACCUUGAGACCCAACUGGAG